CCCACCUAUUUAAAACCCCAACUUCCUCUAUCACUUUCAACACACACAGAGAGAUCAAAAAUUUUUUAAAAAAUUUCGCACAGAAAAAUUUAUUCAUCCAAGUUGGAAACGUCGGCCACAAAUCUCCGCUCCGUUUACCGAUAUCUGAAAAAUGUCCGGCCAAAGCCAGCGCUUGAAUGUGGUUCCAACUGUUACAAUGCUUGGAAUCAUGAAAGCUCGGCUUGUGGGCGCUACAAGAGGUCACGCACUUCUCAAGAAGAAGAGUGAUGCCCUAACUGUACAAUUUCGUCAGAUUCUUAAGAAGAUAGUGUCUACGAAAGAGUCAAUGGGAGAGAUUAUGAAAACCUCCUCAUUUUCCCUAACAGAGGCCAAGUAUGUUGCUGGUGAGAACAUCAAACACGUCGUGCUUGAAAGUGUUCAGACUGCUUCUCUUAAAGUUCGAUCGCGACAAGAGAAUGUUGCUGGAGUGAAGCUUCCAAAGUUUGAGUAUUUUACUGAAGGUGAGACCAAAAAUGAUUUGACUGGUUUGGCCCGAGGUGGACAACAGGUCCAACAGUGCCGUGCUGCUUACGUGAAAGCAAUUGAGGUUCUAGUUGAGCUUGCUUCUCUUCAGACUUCAUUCUUAACACUCGAUGAGGCAAUCAAAACCACAAAUCGUAGGGUUAAUGCUUUAGAGAAUGUUGUGAAGCCAAGGUUGGAGAAUACGAUAAGUUACAUUAAGGGAGAGUUGGAUGAGCUUGAAAGGGAGGAUUUCUUCAGGCUAAAGAAGAUCCAAGGUUAUAAGAAGAGGGAAAUAGAGAAACAGCUAGCUGCCGCAAAGGAGUUCGUCGAGGAUAAGUUUGCUGAGAAGAUUUCCUUGCAGAAAGGGAUUUCAAUAAAUGCAGCUCACAAUUUGCUAUCUGCGGCCAGGGAGAAGGAUGAAGACAUUAUUUUUUGAUGAAGAGGUUAGUCUGUAUUUUUUCUGGUAUUCUUGGUUUUUCUAUUUGAUGUAUGUUCGACGGUGGGAGAUUCCUUUAUUUUCAGGUGGUGUUUUGAAUAAAUGUUAUAUGCAUGUCUCUACUCCACUUAUUUUGUGUUAUGGUUAAUGAUCAGACAUACACCAUUUCGAGGCUCCAA